UUCUGUUAACAUCAUUUUCACAAGUUUGUUGGGUAUUUAAUUUGAAAAAAUACACUUUUUUUUUUAUUUGAAAAAUCACGUUCGACUGAUUUUUAAUGAAAUAUUUUUUGACUAUUUUUAUCCUGGUUGUUGUCAUUGAGAGAGGUGAUAUGAGAAUUAAACACCGAAGACAGAGCAUAAUGACCACAAGCAGCAAUGACGACAUCACUACAGAAAACUAUGAAAUUACUCAUUUAAACAAUGGCUUGUAUCUUUUACUGCAAAGGAUCAUAAAAAUCCAGAUUUCUAAAGGCAUAAUAAAUCCAGAAGUCAUUAAGCAAGCUGAAAAUGUCUCGGACCAGAUCACUAAACUUGGAGGAAAUGUAAAUGAUCAAAAUAAGAAACUUCUGAAUGACGUGAUUCUUUUUCAGGAAGUAGCUAACGACAAAUACAAGCAUGGUGCCACGAUACCUGGAACAUUAUAAUGACUGCAACAUUCUAUCACUUUUCUAAGCAUUUAAAAUUGAUUGGAAUAUCAUAAUAAAAUAACAAGAUACUUUUA